UAUAAGGACCCCGUUCCCUCUGGUGCGCCCAUUCCUACCUUCAACUUCGUGGCACGUCCAGCCACGAAUCACUUCGAGCCACAGACAAGCACGAGCUACCCGAAGUCUGAUCUACCACACUACGUCUGAGCACUACGUAUACCGCGAGAGAAGACCCAUCAUGAGGGUACUCGGUGUCAUUCUGCUUGGAUGUGUGCUUCUCCUUCCAGCUACCUGCUCAGCAGCUACUGCCGUGGACAAGCAACAAGUUGAAGAGACGUUAGAGGAUCUCCUUUAUGAUCUCCAGAAACUCACAGCUGGCGACACUGUAGCAAGCGACAGUAAGAAUGGCGGAGAAACGAGCAAGCUGGAGGAGAGCCUUCUUCAGAUACUGCAAGGAGUAGAUGCUCCUGGCCCUGAGGACGAUGCAGAGACUCCUGUCGUUGCAGACGAAGAUGCUUUCGACCUUCGCAGGGUCGCUGAAGAUGUCAAAACUGGAGAUUGUGAAGGCCACAAGUCAGGAGAACAGUGGGGCUCAUCUGAUCACGACAACUGUAUCUGUGGAGGAUCAGUCCGCCUCUGCUAUCCUGUUGUCUGUCUUCCUGGUUCUCAGAUUAAACCUGACUCCAAAGGCCUCUGGGGAUGUGAAGUUGAUUCUUUGAAAGGAGAACUGACAGGAUCAGCUCAUGAGGUGAUCGGAGGACAAGAGCGGGCGGUUAUAACGGCUGCGACGGCUGCGGCAGCCUUUGGCGUUUUCACAGACAUCCUUGGCAUAGUCGGAUUCGCGAUGGACCGCUACGAGUCUGCACAAACGACCGCACAGCUGAACGAAAUACAGGAUCAGAUCCGGGAGCUGGACGAGAAGGUAGACGAGUUGACACGAAGCGUCAGUGACCUACAGCUGGGUCAGGAGUACCUUCAACAAGUUAUUAUGUAUGCCCAAAACGAACAACUCCUGAGGAACAUGCUGCAUAUUCUUGCUAGUAUCCGGGCCAGUAAUAGCCAAUAUGUGGGCAGCGAUCUGCAAGGCUGGGCAGACAACGUUCUCAGUCAUGGUUCAGAAGGAGUCAGAAAUAUAUUGUUAAAUCUGAUGGAAAUGGUAAAGCCACACUCAUCACUCUUUGGUGGAAAAUCUCUGUUCGAAGUAUAUCGUGAACAAAUGAAUAAUGAAAGGGGAGACCUGGAACAGGAUAUGAUAAAGAUGCGACUCAAAGUUGCGCAGAUCUACGGACUGAUCGGAGGUGGAUAUUGUGCGUGGAUUACAGCUCUGCGAAUUAAGGGACGUGAAAGUGAUAUUCCAGCUAAGGUACAAGAGGGGAAAAGAGAGCUUAACGAUUUGAAAGAAAGCCUGCAAAAAUAUCUUGAUUAUGGUACAUGCGAUGCCAGUUAUCAACCGAAGAACAGAAAGUGCUACAAAGCAUUUAAAAGUUCAAAAAACUGGAAUGACGCACGUGCCUAUUGCCAAAAGCAGGGAGCAGGUGGAGAGCUUGCAAUGCCUAAGGACCACAGCACUAACAGCUUCUUGCUUAAAUUGAAAAAUGAUGCGAGCACAUCGCAACCUUUUUGGUUUGGAUUGAACGAUAAGGCCAAAAAAAAACAAUGGAAAUUUAAUGAUGGCACGCCUCUCGGGUCUUUCAAGUAUUGGGCACCAGACGAGCCAAAUUACGGGGGGAAAAAUUGGCUGGGUCAAUACUUAAUGGUUGAAGGCUGUGCAGAGUAUUUUAACCAUAAUAAAGGCUAUCAUGCAGACAAGUGGAACGACGGCGACUGUUCUGGCUGGUAUAGAUAUUUCAUCUGUGAGAAAACUCCCUAUGGAUUGUACUGACCAGACCAGUUCCUGACAACAUGGUGAAUCGUCCUGUGACUGGCAUAUCCAUUUUUGUUAUGCACAUGCUCCUAUGUACUUACAUAUCUACUUAAUCAAUCAAUUUCCACGUGCUGUCGUCAACAAAAAACCUAGAUGUUAUGCAUGACAUCUGCGAUAUUGACAAUUUCUAUUCUGGGCUGUUCCUUGCCUCCAUUUUAAUUAUGAAUGAUGCCAUUUUUACGCAUACACCAUUCCCUUUAAGAUUUAAGUGCAGACAAAGAAAGGAAAGCAUUCAAAAGUUAAGUGAAGGUGAACAUCAUUAAACAUUAACUAUUCAAAUAAAGACUUUAUUUUCAUAAUUAAUGAGCAAAAGCUAUAAUGGCAUUCUUUGUUACGAUAUGACUGUCUUUUUGUGCAGAAUAUAAUCAACAUAUCUAAUUCAUGCAAUUGAGAAUCCUAAUUGCUCAAUCAGGUGGAUUAAUCUAUAAUUUCUUAGUCAGAAAGGCCAACAUCAUUUGGCGAAGGUAUGAGAAUGUGGGAAUCUAGUUUAUCAGUACUUUUUACUUUUGUAUUCUCUAGAGUAGCCAGAAAACUGUUUCUUACUUCUUACCAUCUUUCGGGCCAAGCCUUUUUUUUUACAUUCUGGUGCCAGGUUUGGGAACUCUAUUAGAUAUCAUCAAUAAAAUGCAGUUUUCAUGGUUAAUGAAACAUUAUCAUUGCAAUGUCUUCACAAUGCUCAUCUAAGAACAUGUGCAGUUUACUUAUGCACUCGUUAUCAGCUUAUGCUUGUCUGCUACGUACUUCGAUGAAGCCUUGAGAUCCUUGAGAUUGUCUUCAAGAAACUAUCCAGUCUUUGUACUAAAGAACUGUAACGAAGGCUGAUCAGACUGAAGUCAUGGUGUUAUAUGUACUUGGCAGAAAACCUAUAAAAACUCUUUAACACUUUUUUCUUUAAAUUUUACCUUUCCAUUAUCAUGAGCUGUUGAAUGUAUUUGCACAUUCUAGCCCUGUAUAGGUAACUCCUGAUUUCAGUCACUGUUAUAUAAGAAUUUUUUUAAAAUUUGUUUUGUGUUUUUCAUUUGAAUUGAUAUUUGGAUACAGGCACACAAUGUCCUUUUGAUGGCAGGAUCAUACCAACUAUACUUGGUGACAAAUUGGCUACAUUUAGAUCGUGGAUUUUCUUCUGAAUACUUCAAUUGGUCAUACAUCCUGUCAUAGAUGUAGACACUGUGCCAUUAUAGAAUAUGCAUAGUUGUAUUGCUUUUUAUUAUCAACUAUUUAGAUACAGGCACACAAUGUCCUUCUGAUGACAGAAUCAUACCAAGUUUACUUGGUGAAAAAGUUGCAACACUCUGAGUUUUCUAGCAUUUUUGUAAAAGGUUUUAAGAAAUGGUGAUUCUGUCAUAGAGGUAGACGCUGUGCCAUUAUAGAAUACUGGUGUGUGUGUGUGUGUUUUGCUUUUGUAUAAUCAUCUGUUUAGAUACAGGCACAGAAUGUCCUUCUGAUUACAGAAUCCAACCAAGUUUACUUGGUGAAAAAUUGAAAACACUAAUUUUCCAGCAUGUUUAAAAGAAGGUUUUAAGAAAUGGUGAUUCUGUCAUAGAGGUAGACGCUGUGCCAUUAUAGAAUACUUAUGACUUUUUUUUUCCUUUUUUAUAAUCACCUGUUUAAAAACAGGCACACAAUGUCCUUCUGAUGACAGAAUCAUACCAAGUUUCCUUGGUGACAAAUUGCAAAGACUUUGAUUGUGUAAACUGGAUAUGAAAAGAAAUUGUGCGUUUGAAAAUUAAUGUCCUGAAAUAUGGUAAGUAAGCGUUUAAAGUCUAGACUCCCAACUUUGGAAGGCUACACGAAGGAAUUGUGAUUCUGUCAUAGAGGUAGACGCUGUGCCAUUAGAAUAUGUUAUGUAAGACUUAAAGUUUUGAAGUGUGUAUGUUAGGGGCUGCCCAGUCAAGUCGUUGAAUACUGCGAGAAACACAUAAAGCCUCCCUUAAAAAACAAGACCGAUUGUACCAGCUGAAAUACAGUUAUAACAAGAGAAAGCAUUACUAAAAAUCAACAACACCUUUGGAAGUAAGACAUUCAGUCAGUUUAUCAACUUAAAGCAGUUAAAAACCAGUUGGCUGAGCAACAGUGAUGACGUCGAACCAGUAACACCAUGAUGUUCCUCUUAUGUAAUCUACAAGCAGAUGUGAUACUCCGGUUUGUUUUCCUUGUCUUUUUUGGCCUUUUGUACAUCUUUUUGUAGAGCAUGUUUUUGUCUGUUUUUCUUCAUGAUCAUUUGGUGAAGGCAAACAAAAGAAAAAUCACACUACUAGAAAAUCGUAGUUACAAACAUGUAAGACAUGUCAAACAAGACAGAGUCUAUUGUCUACGUGGAGAUUACCUCACCAGAAAGGUGAUAAAAACAUGUAUAUGUAAUGGGUACGUUAACACAAUGAAGUAGGAUGUCCAUAUCGUUAGUGAGGAACACUUUUAUCAUGUGAGCAGAAGAAUCGGAACAGUGAUAGAUGCGGACUAGAAAAUGUCUUACCUUGUGGCCCUAAGAUCAAUGCCAAUAACAUCUUAAAGGAGAGACUGUCAGUUUCAUCUGUCUGAAACUUGUGUAAAACAUCUACACAUGGAGUGUGUUGAUGUUCAUCAUUGAGACCCAUUUUAGGAUUUAAUUGUUUUUGUUUUUUCAAGUCUUUAUAAAUAGGUAACGGUAAGUUAAAAUUAGAUCCCAGUCUGUACAGUUAAAAUGUCUUUACACAUCAAAAAGGAAGGACCAUCAUAAUAUUGAGGUAUAUACGCACUUGUUACUAUCUUAAAACAUGAUCAACUAUAUGCGAUACGAAGUAACAUCUCAUGAAACGUUUGUUUGUGAGUAACAGUUCACACAGAAAACCAUAAUACAUACACGUUCUGUUGAAAAGAAUUUCAAUUGUACAUCAAUGACAAUAGCAGACAUUUUGUUACCAGGAUAUGUCAUGGACGCCUUAAAGAACAUGUAACUUGUCAAGAACCUGAGUUUUGCCUUAAAGGCUUGACUAACGAACUAGAGUGAGAUGUUAAAGAUCAUGCAAAGGAAAAGUAACAUCUGAUUCAGAGGGAGUUAAAUGUUGAAGUACGAUUGUACAUGUAGUUCAGACCCUGGUGACAAUCAAGAGUCUAACAAUUUAAAAACAGUUUAAUACCAACACUGUUAUAUCUGCUGUCUGUCAUUGAGACUGGUGUUGUUAAGAAUGCUUAAGAUGUUGCGCUUUUUUGUUAUUUCUACAAUAAACAGAGACU